AUGAUAAGCAUCACUACACUGACAGUUAAAAUACUGCUUUGCUCCCGCUAAAAGCAGUUUUUAGUAUUUGUUUAUUACUGUGAAGAACUGGAAAGUAAUAUCCCAAGCUUUGCAACUCUGUCCUCCAAGAAACUGGGGCCUUGUACUCACCAUUGAGACUAAGAUCAAGAAAAAUGGUGAAGGAAACUGAGUACUAUGAUGUUCUGGGUGUUAGUCCAUCAGCUUCCGUAGAAGAGAUUAGAAAAGCUUAUUACCUUAAGGCAAGGCAAGUUCAUCCGGACAAAAAUCCCAAUGACCCUCAUGCUGCUGAGAGAUUUCAGGUACUAGGUGAAGCUUAUCAAAUUCUGAGUGAUCCUGUUCAAAGAGAUGCUUAUGACAGAAAUGGAAAAUACAGCAUAUCUAGGGACACCAUGCUUGAUCCAACAGCAGUCUUUGCUCUUCUCUUUGGAAGUGAAUUAUUUGAGGACUACAUAGGACAUGCUGCUGUUGCAUCAAUGGCUUCUUCAGAACUAGCCAAUGAAACAGACAAUCCUGAAAAACUGAACGAUAUGUUGAAGGCUGUUCAGAAAGAAAGAGAAGAAAAGUUAGCAAAAUCGUUAAGAGAUUCCCUUAAUCAAUAUGUCCGAGGUGAUAAAGAUGGAUUCAUACAGCAUGCAGAAUCUGAAGCCAGACGGCUGUCUGAUACUGCUUUUGGGGUUGAUAUAUUACACACCAUUGGCUACAUAUACUCGAGACAGGCAUCCCAAGAGCUUGGAAAGAAGGCAAUUUAUCUUGGUGUACCAUUUUUGGCUGAAUGGGUCCGGCACAAGGGACAUUUCUGGAAGUCACAGAUCACUGCAGCAAAAGGUGCUUUUCAGUUACUGCAACUUCAAGAAGAUAUGCGCAAGCAAUUUAAAAUGGAUGGUAGUGGCGCUGAAAAUGAUGUUGAAGCACAUUUACGCUUAAAUAAAGAAACUCUGAUGAGCUCUUUAUGGAAAUUGAAUGUCGUGGAUAUUGAAGUAACUCUUGUACAUGUGUGCCAAAUGGUGCUGCGGGAAAAUAAUGUCAAGAAGGAGGAACUCAAAGCUAGAGCUCUGGCUCUAAAAAUUCUUGGGAAGACAUUUCAGGAACAAGAAGCUCGAAACGGUGGAACAUCAAGAAGGAAAGUUGCUGAAAUGGAUGAUGAUGACGAUGGAAGCAGUUCUGACAGCAGCAGUGAAGAGGAGUCGCCAGGAGCACUUUCGUAUCGAACUCCUUUUCUCACUCAGGGCAUUGGGAGACUGUUCAGAUGCCUCUGCAACCCAGCCUUUGAUGUGGAUGAUGAUGAAAUUGUGUUCAAAAGCAAAUGAUUGCAUGAGAGAUGUAAAUUAGCAUUAUUGGACAUUGGCAGGCACUACCAUUUGCUUACCCCAAAAAAGAUGUCUUAGUAACCAGACUCGUUUUGUUGCAAUACUAAAAAAACCCUUGUUGAUGACUGAUGACUGUCAAACUUUUUGGUUUAUUUUCAUGAUCCAAAGGAUCAAUACACUCAGCGGACAA